AAACCUUCCCUCUAUCCAUUCGCUCACUCCCGUCUCCAGUGUCUCUUGCCGUCGGCAACCACCAAGGCGAGCAAGCUGCAAGCGCCCGAGAAUCCAUGGCUCCCGUUCUAAGCAGGAGUUUGGGUGCUCCCACUGCAACUUUUGCCCCUUUCUCAUCCUCUUUCUCUUCUAGCAAGAACAGAAAAUUUCUUAACUUGACGAGUUUCUGCCCCCCAAACGGCGUUUUCCGGCUUAGUAAGUCUGGUCUCCAGUGGGGGAUUAAUAAAACUGGAUUUGGUGUGAAACCUGUUAGAUGCGAUGCGGCGGUUGCGGAGAAGGAAGCUGCUGACACGUCCGGGGAGAAAUUUGAGUACCAAGCAGAGGUCAGUCGCUUGCUGGAUUUAAUCGUCCACAGCCUGUAUAGUCAUAAAGAGGUGUUUCUUCGAGAACUUGUGAGUAAUGCCAGUGAUGCAUUGGAUAAAUUGAGAUUUCUUAGCGUGACUGAGCCAUCUCUUCUUGGAGAUGCUGGAGAACUGGAAAUACGUAUAAAGCCUGACCCAGACCAGGGAACCAUUACCAUCAGCGAUACGGGCAUCGGUAUGACUCGAGAGGAGUUGAUUGAUUGUUUGGGAACCAUUGCUCAAAGUGGGACGGCGAGAUUCUUGCAGGCACUUAAGGAAAACAAGGAAAUGGGUGCAGAUAAUGGAUUGAUUGGUCAAUUUGGUGUUGGAUUUUAUUCAGCUUUCUUAGUUGCAGAGAAGGUGGUUGUGUCAACAAAAAGUCCAAAAUCUGAUAAGCAAUACGUGUGGGAAGCAGUUGCAGACAGCAGCUCAUAUGAGAUAAGAGAGGAAACAGAUCCUGAGAAACGACUGAAACGGGGCACAGAAAUCACGCUCUAUCUAAGGGCUGAUGAUAAGUAUGAGUUCUCAGAUCCUGCUAGAAUCCAGGGAUUAGUAAAGAAUUAUUCACAGUUUGUUUCUUUUCCAAUUUAUACAUGGCAAGAAAAGUCAAAGACUGUUGAGGCAAAAGAGGAGGAAGCACCUAAAGAAGGUGAAGAACCACAACCUGAGGAAGAGAAGAAGAAAAAGAAGAAGACUGUGACCGAGAAAUACUGGGACUGGGAACUGACAAAUGAAACUAAGCCAAUAUGGAUGCGCAACCCGAAGGAAGUUGAGAAAGAUGAAUAUAAUGAAUUCUAUAAGAAGACUUUCAAUGAGUUUUUAGACCCUCUUGGGCAUACUCACUUCACAACAGAGGGUGAAGUUGAAUUCAGAAGCAUUCUCUACAUUCCUGGAAUGGCUCCUCUUAACAAUGAAGAAGUAAUGAAUCCCAAGACAAAAAACAUUCGACUGUAUGUGAAGCGUGUAUUCAUCUCUGAUGACUUUGAUGGUGAACUGUUCCCACGUUAUUUAAGCUUUGUCAAGGGUGUGGUGGAUUCCAAUGACCUUCCUCUUAAUGUGUCUCGUGAAAUCCUUCAAGAAAGUCGAAUUGUCAGAAUCAUGCGAAAGCGUCUUGUCAGAAAAACUUUUGACAUGAUUCAGGAUAUAUCUGAGAGUGAAAAUAAAGAGGAUUACAAAAAAUUCUGGGAGAAUUUUGGGAAGUUUCUGAAGUUGGGAUGCAUUGAGGACUCUGGGAACCAUAAGCGUAUCACACCACUUUUGCGGUUUUAUUCUUCAAAGAGUGAGGAGGAGCUAAUCAGUUUGGAUGAUUACAUUGAUAGCAUGGAAGAGAACCAGAAAGCUAUCUAUUAUAUUGCAUCAGAUAGUUUGAAGAGUGCAAAAACUGCUCCUUUCUUGGAGAAACUUGUACAGAAAAAUAUUGAGGUGUUGUAUCUCGUUGAGCCUAUUGAUGAGGUUGCCAUCCAGAACUUGCAGACCUACAAAGAGAAGAAGUUUAUCGACAUUAGCAAGGAAGAUCUAGAGCUGGGUGAUGAGGAUGAGGUAAAGGAAAGAGAAACUAAGCAAGAAUUCAAUGUCCUAUGUGAUUGGAUUAAACAGCAGUUGGGUGAUAAAGUUGCCAAGGUUCAAAUCUCAAAGCGUCUGAGCUCGUCUCCAUGUGUUCUCGUGUCAGGGAAAUUUGGAUGGUCUGCUAACAUGGAAAGGCUUAUGAGAGCUCAAACUCUUGGGGACACAUCAAGCUUGGAGUUCAUGAGAGGUAGAAGAAUAUUAGAAAUUAAUCCAGACCAUCCCAUUAUCAAAGACCUGAAUGCUGCUUGCAAGGAUUCUCCAGAUGAUGCCGAAGCUAGGAGAGCUGUAGAUCUUUUGUAUGAUACAGCUCUCAUCUCAAGUGGAUUUACGCCUGACAGUCCCGCUGAAUUGGGUAACAAGAUAUAUGGAAUGAUGGCAAUUGCACUAGGUGGUAGAUGGGGAAGAUCAGAUUCCGAGGAAACUGUAACCACUGCUGAGUCUGAGACUGAUGACGGGGCUUCAGUAACUACGGAAGCAGAAGUCGUGGAACCAUCCGAAGUGAGGGACGAGAACGAUCCAUGGCAGGAGUAGAUCCUUUCUGAUGUUCUCUCGGUGCAUGGAGCUCAGAAAGUAGAUGUGAAAUGUAUCUAUCUUUUGUAGGAGUGAGAUGAAAGAUAGCAUAAGAAUGAACGAGAAGAGGUUAAUAAUAUAUUGAUCGAUUGUUGUUUUGAUUAAAUGACGGAAAAUAACUUUUUUCUCUGCUUGUUA